UUGGCAACGCUGAGUGUUAUUAUUUUUUCUUCGAUUAUCUGUGUUUUUUUGCAAACGAAGAACUUUAGAAAAUUUAGAAGAAUUCUAAUAUAUGUAUCUAUAAGACAAAUAUUAAGUUGUAAACAUAAUAAUAAGAUUAUAAAGUUGUGUUAUUAAAAGUAAUAACAUAAAAAUAUUAGUUAUAAUGGAACCUAUUGAUAUUGCCCGUCUGGAGGAGGCAGUUGUUGUAUUUUAUCGGUCGACAUCUCAGGAACAAGCUCAAUUGCAUGAAUGGCUUACAAAGGCCCAGGCGAGCACACAGGCGUGGCAAUUUUCCUGGCAACUUAUGCAAUUAGGAAAGAGCCAAGAAGUGCAAUUUUUCGGUGCCGUUACUUUGCACUCUAAACUAAUGAAAUUUUGGCAUGAAGUGCCACCGGAAAAUCGGGAUGAACUAAAGCAAAAGAUUUUGGAGAAAAUAAUACAAUUUGCUGGUGGUCCAAAAUUGGUAUUAAAUCGUCUAUGUAUAGCGUUAAGUGCUUAUAUUGUCCACAUGUUGGGAGAAUGGCCUAGUGCUAUCGAAGAUGUAAUCAACACAUUUCAAAACCAACAAAUACCAAAUGUUACCAAUGAAACUCAAUUAUGGAUAAUGCUAGAAGUACUACAGGCCAUACCGGAAGAAAUGCAGGCUAUUUAUUCAUCCGUAAAAAGAACAACUCUACGUGCUGAGGUGGCUAAAAGGGCGCCACUAGUUAUUGAAACUACUGAAAAAUACUUACAAAUGCAAUUGGAUAGACAAUGGGAUGUUGAAGCAUUUAAUAAUAUGACCAGGGCUGUAAAAUGUGUAGGCACAUGGGUUAAAAAUAUUGGAUUUUCGAUUGAAAACUGUGUAAAUAUAACAAGUAUCCUAUUGAAAAUGGUCAAUAAAUGUUAUUGGCCAUGUACACAAGAUCCCGAAGGCGAUGGUUGCAUGUCAGCUGAUGAAAAUGAUUUAGCCGAAACGUGUCUCAAGACUUUAGUGAACAUAAUUAUUCAACCCGAUUGUCAUCUUUAUCCCAAAACGGCAUUUGUUCUUAUAAAAAUGUUUCUUGAUUCAUUAUGUGACAUAACGAAAAUGGAAUGGAAACCUGACAACAAUAACGAAGACAUUGUAUCCUAUAUAUACACACUAUUUGUGUCGGCAGUUGAACGUCACUCUCAACUUUUGCUAAAUGGCAUAACGACAACAGACCCAGAACUGUCUAAUUUAUAUAGUCGUUUGGUACAUGAAAUACUUCAGUGUACCGAUAAACCUGGCAUUUAUCCCGUUGAAGAAUCUUGCAGUAGUAUGGCAUUAGGUUUUUGGUAUCUUCUUCAGGAUGAAGUUUUUGCCAUGAAUAAUGAAGAAGAACGUCUUAAAUGUUGGGAAUAUAUUAAACCAUUAUAUGCUCAUUUGACAAGGAUUUUGGUGCGCAAAUCGGAACAACCCGAUGAAAAGUCUAUAGAUAAAUGGACUUCAGAUGACCUGGAAAGUUUUCGUUGUUAUCGUCAGGAUAUAUCAGAUACAUUUAUGUAUUGCUAUGAUGUUUUACAUGAUCACAUUCUUGACAUACUCUCUGCUGUGCUAGAUGAAACUAUCGCCCAACUACAGACAAAUCCUACCCAGUGGACGAAACUAGAGGCUUGUAUUUAUUCCUUUCAAUCCGUGGCCGAACACUUUGAUGGCGAAGAAACAAAACAAAUACCGAAAUUAAUGCGUAUGCUUAACGAAAUACCCUAUGAGAAAAUGAACGAAAAACUAUUAGGCACUGCCUUGGAAACUGUGGGUUCCUAUUGUCAAUGGCUUAAGGAUAAUCCAGCCUAUAUACCAUCGGCUAUAGAACUGUUAGUACGAGGUCUCAACUCUAGCAUGUCGGCCCAAGCAACAUUGGGUCUGAAAGAACUGUGUCGUGACUGUCAGUUGCAAAUGAAACCUUAUGCGGAGCCUCUUUUAAAUGCCUGCCAAGUUAGCUUGACUUCGGGUCAAAUGAAAAACUCGGACUGCGUUCGUUUAAUGUUUAGUAUUGGUAAACUGAUGAGUCUCUUGACACCGGAUAAAAUUCCCAACUAUUUGGAUAUUAUAGUUAGUCCUUGUUUCGAAGAAUUAUCGAAUAUAUGUCAAAAUGAAGCUAAAACUCCUCAAGCGCGUAUACGCACAAUAUUCCGUUUAAAUAUGGUAUCGACACUAUUCUCUUCGCUCAACACUGAUCUCGAUGAUGACGAGACUAUUGAAGAUCUUCAAAAUGUCCAGCCAGUUUUAAUUGUAAUGCAAAAGACUAUGCCCAUAUUUCGGCAAAUAGCUGAACUAUGGGUGGAAGAAUUAGAUGUAUUGGAGACUGCUUGUACAGCACUUAAACAUGCUAUAGUAAAUCUAAAAUCAAGUUUUAAGCCAAUGCUGCAAGAUUUAUGUUAUUUUAUUGUUGCCAUUUUCCAAACUCGAUGUUGUGCACCUACUUUGGAAAUUUCCAAAACCGCCAUUGUUAUAUUUUAUAAGGAUGCUGAUUGUAAAUCAUUAAUGCAACAACUACUUGUGGAAUUCGUUAUGCAUAGUUUUAAAUUAUUUGAGUCAACUCCUGAAAAUGGUUUUUCAAAUAUUGCCGAAACAAUCGAAAUGUUUUACGCCUGUCUUAUGCAAAUAAUUAAGAAAAUACCUCAAUCGUUAGAUGACAAGGCCAUAGCAUACGAUCGUUUAAUAUUUUAUGCUUUAAAGGCCAUGACAUUACCCGAGAAUGGUCCCAUACGCACCAGUGUGCAGUUCCUAUCACAUUUCGUCAUGCAAUCACGUAACUAUGCACAAAUGACACAAGCCGUCUUGGCAGCUGGUGAAGAAAUUCUACGCACGGCAAUUGUUUGUGUAGCAUGUGUUACUCCACGACAACAAGUGGAAAAAUUUGCGGAUAUUUUUCUGGCUAUUAACAAAAAAUAUCCGGCAGAAAUGGCGGUAUGGCUUAAAAACAUUAUACACGUAACGAAUUUUCCAACUCCUUUAGUAGACGACUCGGAAAAAUCGAAAUUUGUAACACAAAUACUAAGGGAAAAGGUUAACAAGCGUUUGCUGCAACAGCACCUUACAGAAUUCGCCAUAAAAGCCAGAGGUCUAACGGAUAAAUUUCAAUAAAUAAUAUGAGAAAACAAGAUCAAAUCGAAAUUUCUACAAUUAUUUACUAUGUUAAUAUUAAGUAGAACUGUUUUUAUUGUUUAUUUCUUCUACACUUUUUCUAUUUAUGAAAAAUAUCCAUAUUAUUAUACACUACUAUACCAUUUGUGGUUAUAAAUAAAUGACAAACAAACGUAAUUGUAAUUUAAAUAUGUAGAUGCAAAA